AUGAAGAAUCGGUGUGCAUACAUCCAGUACAUGCCGAACAAACGACAUGCGAGGUUUGGAGUGAAGAAGUUCGAGCUUGUUGACUCCAAAACCAUGUAUGUCAUACAUAUUGACAUGUAUUCUGGGAAAGACCAUCUGGCAGAGGAACAUGCUCCUUUCACACAGAAGGUUGUUAUGAAUCUGUUAGAACAGGGAGGAUGUAUUUAUAAAGGCUACCAUGUCUUUACCGACAACUUCUACACGAAGUUGCCCCUAGCGCAGCUACUGUUGGAUAACAACACUUUUUUGACAGGGACUGUGAACAAGAACUCAAAGGACCUGUCAAAAUCUGUGCUGAGAACUGUGCUUGGUCCGCAAAAGUCUGUGUACUUCAGGCGAGGCCCGGUUCUUCUUGUUGGUUACAAGCAGAAACCUACAAGAAAGCCGGUCUACCUGAUUUCGACUGCGUACCAUGCAGAGGACAGGGUUAUCCGCAGUCGUAAAAGUGGUUUGGAGGCCAUCAAACCUGUUCUUAUAGAUAAGUACAACCAGCUGAUGGGUGGAGUUGAUUGUAAGGACAAAUCCCUCUACCACUGGUCAUGUACUCGAAUUACUCGCCGCUACUGGAAAAAGUUAUUUUUCAACCUCCUAGACAUGUGUGUGUCGAAUGCAUAUGUUGUGUACGCACAUCAGUGCAUUCCUGAUGCACCCAUGGACAGGAAAAAACUUUAUCCUGGAGGUGAUACAAAGCCUGACUUCUGCCUCUGA